AUGUCACAACAGUGCUGGGUGAUUGUUCUGGUGGGUGUGAUGUCGUACUUCAGCCCGGAGAGAGCACUGGGAGCCCCGCAGAAGGAAGUCUCUCUAUCCCGGGACGGCUCUCUCUCUCCUCCCCCUUAUGUGAUUAUUCUCAUCUCCUGCUCUGGACUGGUCUCUUUUGUUCUGUUGCUUCUCACCUGCCUUUGUUGCAAAAGAGGAGGUGUGGGAUUCAAUGAGUUUGAUAAUGCAGAAGGGGAAGAAUGCUCUGGGGCUUCCAGUCCUCUUCCUGAAGACAGUUUGUCCUCCUGUUCAUCACUACCAGAGGUCUACACUCUCCCUCUGCGGGAGAAGGCCUGCCCCACCCUACCUAAUGGCACAGACGGAUGCCAAUAUUUCCUAAGGCACACCCUCAACCACUUACAGGAGAUUGGAAAUGGCUGGUUUGGGAAGGUAAUCCUGGCUGAGGUGCUUUGUGACUGCAGUUCCUAUCAGGCUGUGGUGAAGGAGCUGAGAGUCAGUGCCAGUCCUUUAGAGCAGCGCAAGUUCUUGGCAGAAGCAGAGCCUUACAGAAGCCUUCAGCAUCCAAAUAUCCUCCAGUGUUUGGGCCAGUGCAGUGAGAGCAUCCCUUUUCUCCUGGUUAUGGAGUUCUGUCAACUGGGUGACCUGAAGAGAUAUUUAAGAGCUCAGAGGAAGUCUGAUGGGAUGACCCCUGACCUUUUAAACCGAGACCUUUUGACCUUACAGCGAAUGGCAUAUGAGAUCACCUCAGGUCUCUUGCAUCUCCAUGAGAACAAUUACAUCCACAGUGAUUUGGCACUGAGGAACUGCCUCCUAACCUCAGAUCUUACUGUUCGGAUCGGAGACUAUGGCCUCUCGCACAACCAAUAUAAGGAGGAUUACUAUCUAACCCCAGACAAACUGUGGAUUCCUCUCCGCUGGAUCGCCCCUGAACUUCUGGAGGACUUUCAUGGGAAUCUGAUUGUUACUGAUCAAACCAAAACCAGCAAUUUAUGGUCUCUGGGUGUGGUGAUAUGGGAGCUUUUUGAAUUUGGAGCCCAGCCAUACAGACACCUAAGUGAUGAAGAGGUUUUCACUUUCGUUAUCAGUGAACGACAGAUAACUCUGGCUCAACCUCGCCUCAAACUCGCUCAUGCAGACUAUUGGUAUGAGGUCAUGCAGUCAUGCUGGUUACCUCAAUCCCAGCGGCCGACGGUCAGUGAAGUCUUCCUCCUCCUCUCCUCUCUUCUUGCCGCAGAACAAGGAAGUCAAAAAAGUACUAGAAGCGAUGGUGAUGAGGAGGAUUAUGAGGAAGACGAUGGACAAGGAAGGAGAGGAGAGAGCGAAGAGUCAUUUGAGAGGCGAUGGGAUGAACUUCGGCCCCCUGCUUUCCAGUCAGCAGCAAACAAACUAUUGAGAGAGAGAGAGUAUGGGAGGGAAGAUGGCUGCCUCAGGGGCAACGGAAGCUCCUUUCCUCUUUUGGACCCUGUGGACAAUAUGAUCACUCCUACAUCUGAACUCGAUGACAUCCUUACAGUAACAGAGACAAGCAAAGGCUUAAACUUUGAAUACUUCUGGGAAAAGGCUCAUGGCAGGAGGGGUUACAAACCACUUCCUCCACCUCAACCAAUUCCAACACCCAAUUCUGCCCACAGGCAAACUUUGGACACACCCACUGUUGUCCCUGUGAUCAGCGCCCGCAGCCCUUCAUUGGCCAGUGAGUAUUUCAUCCGCCUAGAAGAGCAUACUCCGCAGGAUAAGUCUCCAAGUUUACAUGGAAAAUGUCACGCAUUAAGAACAAAUUCAAUGUGCCCUGGAGACUUGGAGCUGGUUGAGCUUCAGACAGGGACUGCUGGAAAAGACAGACAAACCUUCAGUCAGCAUGAUGGCCUUGCAAGAGGAACCUAUCAUUCUGUCAGAUCCAGCGAGGUACAGGGUUUGGUUCCAAAAACUGGUUUGGUUGAGUUUAGUAAGGAGAGCUGUAACAGAGAAACAUAUUUAGCUGUAAAAGACAUUGGAGAACCAAACCAAAGUUUCUCUAGAUCCCUUGGCUCCCAAGCACCCAUCCUUCCACCUAAACCACGUUCAAUGUCCACAUCUUCUGGCAGCCAUAUACACUCACACCCCCUGCCUGCUCCUCCAUUAGGAUACUCAAGAACAUAUGGUUUAGAUGUCUACCCUGGAUCCUCAUACCCAAUGGGCAAAGUUGAGACCUCCGAUUCUUUGUUAAUAAGUAGCUCCUCACUGUCAAAAGCCAAUUUUGACCAUUUGGGCUUUAAUCGCACUCACCUGAAACUGCCCCCAUCUCCAUCUCUCUCUCCUUCCAUUCCACCUUCCUCUGGGGGUCAUUCUGUAUUCCCUCCACCCCAAAACUGUCCUCCACCUCUUCCACCCCACUACAGACUCCAAAAGGGUCACAAUUACUCAUCAGAGGCAUGUACCAGAUACAGUGUGUUGCACUUGCAAAGAGACCCACUGAGCUGUGACCACACUGUUGAGCAAAAUGCUGACAGAGGCAUUAUGCGAUCUCAGUCUUUGUACAAUUCGAGGGAUGGUCCAGAUACAUACACUCAAGACAAUGAGUUGUCAACUGGCCUCCAUUCAUCUUUUUCCAAAUUUACCCAUUUCCAAUCCACAAUUCCAAAAAUUGAGAGAACAUCAUCUUCUAGUCCAUCAAUCUCAAAGGAUGAUGAUGAUGAUGAUGAUGAUGAUUUAGUUGAUGACUCCCCGUUUAUGUCACCAGACAGUUUCACCUGUGGCACAACCACUGAUCACAUCAGCCUGGUUGAUGAGUCAGACCCUGCUACAUCUGAGCUUUUCUUAAAGGGGAUGAAGCGAACCCAGUCACGCCUUGCCACUAUCCUCCCAGCCAUAUGGAGAGAAGAUGCAGUCAUGCAAAGGGAAUGUGUUGCCACGGCUAGUAAAUCCCCAAAACACCUGUUUCUGACUGAGAUCUCUAAUGACUCCAUGGACAUAAAAGAGGGCGAAAGUUUAUCGGCAAAAGAAAGUAAUGGAAGAAAAGACAAAGAAAGUGGAUUCAAAGAAAUGCCACGAUCCCAGUCUCUUGUCACAGAACUUGACUCAUCCUCACAGUCUUGGGGCCCAAACAAAGACUUCCUGACUGGAUAUGAAGGCUGUGCCAAAAAAAGAGAUUUGUUCCUCACAGAGAUUGAGAUGUCAGUUUCAGAUUGUGAGGAUGCAUAUGAUGGUGAAGGUGGAACCCCAGUUUCCAGAUUUGGAACCACACCUCAUCCAUACGCACAUCCUCCACACCUGCCUUCAUAUGCAGAGGCUGAAGAGGCUUUCUCACAGGGGAUGAAGAAGUCUCAUUCCUUGCUCUCUGAAUUAUCCAAUGAGGGUGUACAACCUGAGCCUAAGAAAGGGGAAAUGACUAAAGAGGAAUUCUUUAAGGAGAUUCAAUCUGCUGAAACAUUUUUAACUGAAACCAUUACUAGGCAACAUAAAAAGGAAGAGAGUGUGUCACCUAUUCCAUUGUCUCCUGAGUAUGAGACAAUAUGCAUUGACCCAGAAUCGGCUCAGACAAUACAGUUUGAAUCAGACAGAGCAAGAUUGGAAAAGUCAACAAUUGACUCAAAAGAAGCAAUUUAUGCUCAAGUCACCAAGCGGGCAAUAAGGAGUGAAAUAAAGGUUGCCAUGUGUCCAGAAAUUCCAGUACUUCAAAUAGCAUCAGAGUUACAAAAUAUUGAGUUAGGCCCGAAAAUAACUCCAGGCAGUUACUUUAAACCUGAAAUACAGCCUGAGUCAUUCCCAAAGAAUUCCCCAAAUAACAUUGCCCCCUCAGAGGUAAUGCCUAAAAAUGGGCUUCUACUGGACCAGAUAUCUUCUGUUAUUAAAAAGGCUCAAGAUAUUGAAACAAAGCACAACACUGAUGUGCCACUCUGUGUUAUAAAAUAUAAACAGAGAGAAGAGCUAAACAGGCAGCAUCAGGAUCAAUAUUUAUCACAUGACUAUUUAAGUGAAGCUCCAAUAAAAAGCAGGAAUUUGUACAAUGUUCACGGUUCCCACAAAGAGGAUAAAAUUCAAAUCACUGCUGAUACCCAGAGCAGAAGUGUAGCUGAAACGGAUUUGAUUGGCACACUUGCUCUGGCAAAUCAGCAAAAACACAGCAAACAUCACAGUGAUUUACCUAGUGUAGAGGUGAUGACAUCAAAUGCAACAUUUAAAGAAGAAUUUGAACAUAUAAACCAGAGCCCAAAUGAAUCAUCCUCUCUAGAUUGGUCAGAAAACAGAAAUUCAGCAAGUGAAACAACAUCUACAAAGGAGAGGGGAGACAGUUCAGACAUGUCCCCUUCAGUUACUCAAAACAGCAUGAGUCAAGACUCCUCCACCUUCAACGGACAGAUCUCAAAAAUAAAAACAUCUUCUAAAUCCUUUGAUCAAACCAUUCUAAAUGACAGAGGGAUCAAUGGGACCAUCUGCCAAGAAAAAGACGCAAAAAUGACACAGGAGAAAAUACUUCUGAGUGACUCAUUACUAUCUUUAAGUGAAUCGAGCACAGAUGUAUUCCCAUCACUGAUGGUACAUGAACCUGACUCAGAUCAGUCAAUCUCCACCAUGACCCUCACAGAUUCAGUCUUGUCCCCUUUAACCUCUUGUUCUCUAGACUGCCUCACACCUGCAGACUCCUGGGUGGGUGGAGAAAGCAGUGGAUGGAGGGCCCUGGGAAGUGAAACUCCAUUUCGGGACUCUGCUUACUUUUCUGACAGUGACUUGGAUGGUGGAGAAGGUUUAGGCAGAAGAGGCACUGAUGGGCUUGGCUCUUCCCAUCCAGGUGCUGUUCGAGUGGUAGAACGAGGAAUGUUGAUGGGAAUUGAGGAAAAGAUGGAGAUCGAGGAUGAUGGACCACUGGAGCUUGAAGAUUUUGGAAAGGAGGGGAAAAUUAAAUUGGACAUCCAGGAAUUUUUGGUUUCAAAUGAAGCAGCUGAUGUUGGGACAGAUGAUAUAAGAGUUUUAGAGAGUACUGUAGUAGAGAAGGGUCUCAAAAAAGGUGCUGUUAAAACAAUUUUCUCAGGAGACUCUCAGAGUGAUGGCAAUGCUGAGUUUAUUUCCAGGUUGUUCUCCAAUGGAGAGGAUGAGCCAAUUAACGGAUUUUCAUUUAGUGACAGCUCCAUUAACUUCCAAAACUCCUCACUUGUUAAAAAUAAUGAGCUGGUUAUGUCCCACCCACUUUUAAAAGAGACAAUGUUUCAUGAUUCAGAUGCUACAGACCUUGAACUGCUUUCCCGAACAGCCUCAGAGCCCCCAAAAAGGGAAGCACUCAUUGAACAUUGUGCAUAUUUACAAACUACCAACUGUAAAGGGGCAGGUUGUACAUCACCUGAAUUCCCUAAUACUGGAAGUGACCAUGAACAGCCAUCAGACAAAACAAAAUCCAGGUUAUCAAAGUUUUAUAGCUUAAAGUCUGAUUAUUCUAAAUGCACCAGCAGCAUUGAUAUAAACACAGACCUCAGCAAUGAUGACACAAAAUGCAGCCAAAGCUAUAAUGAAACAAAAGCUGAACAACUCAAGGGAGAGGAUAAGAGCAAGCUUGAUAUCCAAGACUCUGAUGCAAAUGAACUUGGCUUGAGAAACCUCUCUUAUUUAGAGGAUGAGCAGACAAAAGAGAGGUCUGAAAGUCAGUUAACUGCAGGUGAACUCUGCUUUACUAUCAAGCAAGCCUCUCAAAAUGCUAAAGAUGAGCAAGUCAGCUGCGUGGAGCCCUCAAAAGUUAAAAGUUCUGAUGAGUUCAAAAGCGGUGCCUCUAUGGGACUUGAACUUAAGGAAAAAGAGUUGUGGAGUGCCCUUGAGGAAGAUUACGGUACAGAGGAGACUGAUAGUAGUAAAAUCAAGUGCCACAGAUUUCAGCAGGGUGAGCAACACCUUUGGCCUGUGGAAAAUGUUCAGUGGGCUGCAGCUGAAACCCGGGCACUAGAAGCAGGGCUCGGAUCGGAGCUCUUCCCAAGUUUUGAGAAAAAAGCCUGGGCAGAGGAAGAACACUUAUUGGUGAGCCAUGAAUUCUGGGAAUCUGAAGCAAACAACGAACUAUCAUCAUCUCAGACAAUAUGUGAAGAUACUUUUAAUGAUGAGAGCCAUGGACAGGUUAGCGAUCCACCAUCUGAACAUUUUAAACUGAUCCUUUCUGGAGGGUUUAAAGAAACUUGUACAUCUCAGCAGACACCAGUAGAUGUGUUGGACUUCCAGCAAGAGGAGAACAUGGAAAAUCCAGACAUGGAAAAUGGAGAACCAGAGCUGGAUACUAACAAUAUUAAGAUAGAUGUUGAAAUUUUUGAGAACUCAGAGGAGGAGAUGCCUGUACAACACAGACCUGUUGAGAUGAUGAUUCAUGAUAAUUCUGAGGCAUGUUUACAAAAUUAUGUGGGAGAUGAAUUCAUUGGGGAUGAAGAUAAUAAAGAAUUCAGCAGGCAAGAUGAUGACGAAAACAUGAUAGUUGUUAGAGGUUGCAUGACUCACUCUUCCUCACUUUCCACUUCAGACCAUGCUCAAACUGAUGAGUUGGAACCCGUAAGAUACCUGAAAGAAACUCUUUUUAGUCACAGCAACAAUGUGGACCAAAUUGAUGCCAAAUGGGCACCCAUAACUGAAGCAAGCAAAGUGCUGGUCACAGGUCUUGAGGAACAUCAAACCUACAUGGUAGAUAUGUCAAACUUAACCACUGCAACUAAACUGGUUGAUAGUUCUCCCCUCAUUCACUGUACCUACAAUACUGAAACUAGUAGACAAGAUGCUGAAAUAAAUCAUUGUCCUACCACGAACAGUAAAGGACAAGAUGAUAUUUCUCCUGAAAAAAAGAGUUCAGAAUCUCUAUCUUGCCCAAGUCUAACCAAAAGUACUGAUCCAGAGCCAUGUAAAAUCCACAGUAGCAAUGUUCAGUGUUCAGCACCAGCACUGAUUUCAACGGAGCUGUCAGAAUGUGUUGCCUCCCCACAUGCAGAAGUGGGGAAAUGCCAAAAUCCAAGUAGUUUCCAAAAUACUGUACACCACAUAGAAAUAAAGACCAGCACAAAUAUAUUCUGUGCCACAGACCAAGCUUCUACUAAAGGAUGUGAAGAGCAUUCAGACUGUUCUGAUAAUACCAAUUGCUUAAUUCAGCCUCUUGAAGAAAUUACCACCAGUACUAUUACCCACAACAAAGGUAUCACUGCAAAUUUAGGUAAAAAAAAUUACACAUCUCUCAUAAAAGAAAUCUACAUCCACCCGGAAUCUAACAGUUUACGGGAGGAUGACAGAAAUAGCCUGUCCCAGAAAACACCCCAUCCACCUCUCUCACAAUGCUCUCUAAACACCAUUCCGGAGUUGUUGGUCUCUGAGUGGAAGGAUUUGGAUGAGGAGCCUCUAGAGGAUUUUGAAAAACUGGAGCAGCUGUGCUGCAUUUCUGGGGAUGAAGAUACCUUUGGAGAUCUGUUUUUAGGCAACUUAGAUUUGCUUGAAUCUUUGAAGAAACAUCCAGAGCAAAGAAUGGGUGGUGCUAGUGGCAUAGAAAACCAAGAUGAAUCAGCUGUUUCAGAGGGGAAGACGAGAGUAUAUUUAAAAGAGGAAGUCGAUGGGAUAUCGAAAAGUUCCACUGCUGUCUUGCAGAACUCAGAGCAAUACGAAAACAUGUCUCCAAAUUUCCUAGGAGAAGCUAAGCUGUCACUGGAGAAGAGAACAGGGCAACAUGGGCCAACAGCUCUCUCUCCGUGCCAUUGUACAGAUGGUUCCAAAGGGCAGAGGUCACUCUCCAAAAUGCAGACAAAGAAUGGACUGAUGAUGCAGGUUUGUGAGGAGAGGCUUCAGUACUCUCUCAGUGAAAAUGUUACAACCAAUGUUCUGUGGGGGGCUACGGUUAGUGACAGUGUGAUUUUACACCCUUGGGGAGCCACUACCCCUUUGUCCCCUGAAGAGAGUGUUGCAAGCAAAGAAGAAAAGGAGAGCAGUGAAGAGGCGACCUCUCCCAUGUCUCUCUCUGUGUCUGUGAGUGAACCUGCUGAACCACAGACAGAAGCGCUGACUGUGCUUGAACAGCCUGAGGUUACUCCCACUCUGCCAGCUGCAAACCAAGCAAUGAAAGCUAAGCUGGCCCGUCUCUCCCUAUCCCUCCCUCCACUUGCUCUCUCUCUUCCUCUUUCACCGAACCUUAAAGGAGGAUUCUGGGAAGGGCAAGAGCACAGAGCAGGGAGGAGGAGGGGAGCAUCAACAGACAGUGAUCCAGAUGAAGAUGAAGAAGAGGAACAGGAGAAUGAGUCUCCCAGACGUGUUAUUGUUGUCACGGAAACAGAUGUUGACAAGCGAGUGGGCUUGCGUAGCUUGUUGAAAUCGCCAAAGGAGCCAGUGGAUGAAGAGAACCGUGAUCGUGGCAGGAAUGUGUCAUUUUUUGAUGACGUCACAGUCUAUCUUUUUGAUCAGGAAACUCCAACCAAUGAACUGAGUUCUGGAUCUGGUAGUUCAUCUCCCCACGAAAAGCCCCCGGACACUGAUAGUUUUGGAAUGGGCAGCUACAAGGCAGCAAAGAUUAAAGACCACGAAGUGAAGUCAAGAUCCCCAACUGGAGUCACUUCUGGCUCAUCAUCAAGGUUUACAGUAAGCCCUGCCGAUGACCCACAUUUAGUGUGAGGUACUACUGUUCCCCAAACACCUGAACUAAAUUUACUCCCCUUGGAACGAAUGAGUGACCCCUGUUGUCAUCGGUAUCUAUGAUGACUCCUGGAGUUUUUUUUUAUUGCUAUUAUUUCAAGAAAAGGAAGAACUCCUGUUUCUAAAGGCUGGAGGCAGUCCAGGUUUUACCUACUGCAGUAGCUGGAUUGGUGAAUCCAUGUCACACAUAGGAAGUACCUUUCAAACAGACAAAAACCUUGGAAUUAAGUAACAUCUGACAUGUACUUUUCGGCUAUGCAAUGGGGGUCUAAUUAUGUACCAGCUUAACUGUUCUGUUUUCAUGGCUUCUUGAAGUACAUUUGUAUUUUAUUCCCCUUAAAUGUAGGGGUGCACUUUCUCUGACCAGUACCUGUCUAAUUGUGAGCUUAGAAAUAUUGACAUUGUAAAUUUGUUCUCAUUGCAGUCAUUAUUGUAGUUUUGACUGAGGGGGAAAUUAUCUCUCAAAAUCAUAACAGUGCAGUUCUCAUUUAGCAUUUGUAAAAACUAAAAAUUAAAUUUCAACAGAAUAAAAACUCAUUUUAAAGCCAUUUAUUUUAAAUGUAUUCUUCAGAAUGCUCAAAAAUGGCUGUUUAUAUGCAGAAGUUUUAUUGCAAGAUGUUAUUUAUUUAUUUAUCUCAUUUGUUUACUUAUUCUGCAUAUGCUUUUAUUAUUUAAAUAUUUGUUUGUAUGUUGGCCAAAUUCACUUAUUAUAUACUUAUCACUUAUAUCACUUAUUAUAUAUUAUAUACAUUUACUUUUUGCAUCAAAUUAUUUUGGAUUUAUGGCAUUUGCCAAUUAAUCAUUUUAACAACAGCCUCAAACAUAACCUUGCAUAAAACACUUUGAAAUGUUUUCUCUUAUUUUGCUAUUUAGAUGUCAGUUGAGUGUAUCUAUAAUGUGUCUUUUGCAGGUGUUAUUUUUUAAUAAUGUAUCUGACGUUAGCUUUUCUUUGCUCAUGUAUUAAGCAGUCAUUGUUGCUUGGCAUGAAAAAAAGAAAGAAAGAAGCAUACAUGACUAUUAGUUUACUUAUUUAUUCAUUUUUAUUUGUUGACCUCAUCAUUCAUGCAAAUGUCUGAGGUACUCAUGUUCAGCAUCUGUUUCAUUUUGAAGUUUCUUAUUCUGUAAGAGGGAGUGAAAAUAACAUGGAAACUGUGAAACAUUUAUUGAACUGUUUGAU